GACAACCGAUUUCGUGACAUUCAUGUUUGAGUUGGAUUUGUUUUGUAAUUAAUUUACAAUCUGAAAGUUUUCUCUAUCUAUUCUCUCUAUUUAUUAGAAUAGUUGCAUAAGUUUCCCAAACUUGCUAUCAUCAUUUGUGAUAAUUUAUAUUUAGAUAUAGUAAUAAAGAAACAGUAUAAUACUCUACAGAUUUGCAAUAGAUAAUAGUUUGCAAGUUAAAUUAUAACAGCAAUAAUAUUAUAUUUCUCAUUGUAAAAAAAAAUGACUCUACAGGAAACUAUGAUCAGUCAGGAACUUGCUAAUGUAGAUUUAUAUAAGGUGGCAGCCUUACAACAGAAGCGGACACUGGCAUUUGUGAAUCAUUUUGUGCUUACCAAUGUGCAGUUUUUGAACAAUUUCAUGAAGACAUGUGAACAGAAGCUUAUGGAUUUUGAGAAGAAACUGGAUAAAGUGAAUGCUGCCAUGGUUUUAUUAGAGGCCAGACUCUCAUCCAUACCAGAAUUGAACACAGCAACACCAACACUACUUCAAAAGCCAGCUGAAGUCACAGAAACCACAUCAACUGAAGAAACUCCAGCAGCAGAACCACAGAAUAUGGUGCCUGUCCAAGAUACAAAGGAACAAGAAACUCCCAGCGAGUCCACAGAUACCGUAGAAGGCAAAUCUUCACAUCCUGAGUAUGACAGAUUUGUCAAAAUGGUACAAGUUGGAGUACCAUUACAGGCUGUAAAACUAAAACUAUCAUUGGAAGGAUUAGAUCCUAAUAUUCUUGAUCAGAUCUUGGGGAAAUAAUCUCAAAUAUUUAUGGCUAGAGAAUCUAUAAAAUACAUAAUUUAGUUUUUACCAAUUAUGGCCUAUACCUAAUAAGAAAUAUUAUGAGCUAGCUAGCUUGAAAAAAUUUUGUUACUUGUUUGUAGUAAGAAACAAACAAUAAAAAGCUUAUGUAUAAUUUUAAUAAAAUGUUCUCUUAAAAAUCAUGUAUUAUUUGCUAGUGAUAAAAUUGUAAUAACAUGAGCGGCAGCUGAGACUAGGUGCCGCUCAUGCUCAAUAAUGAAAGAAUUGAUUUAGGGUUGUAACAAUAUUUAGUAACACCUACUACAAAUGGUUGAAAUUACUUGAAAUAAUGUUAUAUCUUUCAAAGUCUGAGCUGUAAAUACAUAAAGCAGGAAAAGAAAAAUCAACAAUUGAGAUAGAAGAAAGAGAUCUAUUGAAGAAGAAAAAUAGUUGUAUUGUUAGAUUACUAGAAACUCCGAUAGGUUUUGUAAAACCUUUUGGGGAACCUUACAAUGACUGGGAUAGAACAAUAAAAGAAGUUAAAGUU